UUCCGUGCGGCCGCGGUGCACGCCGGGCUGUGCGGUGCUGGGCAUGGCGGGCCCCGGGCCGCGCUCGGUGCCGCGGUGUUGGCGCAGCGCGGCGCUGUCGGUGCUGUCGCUGUUGUUGUUGCUGUUGUUGUCGCCGUGCUGUGCUGCGCUGCUGCAGGGCGCGCUGCUGGGCGCGGCGGCGCUGGGCGCGGCGGGGGCCUGGUGCGCCAUGAGACACGGCCCCGCCAAAACCGCCGCUAACGGAGGCCCGGCCGCCUCGUGCCGCUCCUCGUGCCGCUCCUCGUGCCGCUCGGUGCCGGCCGCUCCGCGCCGCGCGGGGCCGGGGCUGUGCGCAGCCCCGCAGGCCUCGCACCGCCGUUACCCGUUGCCGCGGUCCCGGAGCUCCGUGCCGGGCGCGCUGCCCGUCACCUGCUGGGACGGCGCCAUCCGGAGAAGCGCCGUGUGGCCGCGCCGUGCCGGCCCCGUCCGCAGCCCCGUCACCGUGAGAUUCGGCCGGCACGGAGGAGCCGCCCGCUGUCCUGCGAUGGAGCAGCACCCCCCGCCCGCCGCCCUCCUGCCCGGCAGCGGCAGCGGCAGCAACAGCCCAGACCCGUGUGCGAGGGAGACGGUGCUGAACGCCAUCAAGGAGAGCAGGAAGAGGGCGGUGGAGGAAGAGGAGGAGGAGGAGCAGGUGCCGGGUAACGAUCAGGAGAGCAAGCGAAGGCGUCAUGACAGCAGUGGAAGUGGGCAGUCGGCAUUUGAGCCCCUGGUCGCCAACGGUGCCCCCGCUUCUCUCAUACCCAAGCCCGGCUCUCUGAAGAGAGGCCUUGCUUCACAGUGUCCCGAUGACUGCUCAAACAAAAGGUCUCGCACCUCCUCCAUGAGCUCCCUCAACAAUACAUACACUGGAGGAAUCCCCAGCUCCCUGCGCAAUGCCAUCGCCAGCUCCUACAGCUCCAGCCGGGGCCUCACACAGCUGUGGAAGAGGAGUGGUGUGAGCGUGUCCCCACCGUCCAGCCCCGCAUCCUCUCGUCCCCAGACACCAGAGUGGCCUCUCAAGAAAGCCAGGGAGGAGGAGUCACAUCGCUCCACCACUUCCACCCCAGUGAAAUCAGACAAGGAGCUGCAGACAGAGAAAGCAGAGGUGGAGACGCCUGUGCGGAGGAAGCGCAGUUCCCUGAGCCCACCAGCUGCAUCAGGGAGCAGUGGCAAGCGCAAGCGGAAGAUCCAGUUGCUGUCGUCACGCCGCGGGGACCAGCUGGCGCUGCCCCCGCCACCUCAGCUGGGCUACUCCGUCACGUCAGAGGACCUGGAUGCGGAGAAGAAGGCAGCAUUGCAGUGGUUCAACAAAGUCUUGGAGGAUAAGGCUGAUCCAGUCCCCAGCACCACUGCAGAGACCACACCUGUGUCCAGGCCAUCAGCAUUCAUGGUGACCACAGGGACCUCCUCAGCACCUGUGUCAACAGCUCCUGUCCCAGUCAGCAGCAACUCGCUCCUGGACAGCCUGAAGAAGAUGCAGAGCAGCCAGGCUGCGCCUGUGCCAGCAGAUUCCACUGGAGCUGCAGUAGCAUUCCAGCCAUCUUCAUCAGCGUCACAGCUGCCUGCUCCUACUGUGCCACCAGAGUCAACUUCUCUACCUGUAACCUCUGCUGACACCAAGCCUGUGCCUGCACUAAGCACUGCUGCCCUUUCCGUCUCCCCUGCCUUGGGGGCACAGCCUGUCAGCAGCAUGGCACCUUCUGCAACCACAGAGCUGGGCCCGACCCCCAGCAAACCUCCCUCCGUGCUGAAGCCGAACAUCCUUUUUGGGGCACCAAGCACCCCUCCUGCCAGCCAGCCAGCAGUGACUGCAGCUGCCGCGGUGCCCACCACAACCCCCAUCUUCAAACCCAUCUUUGGUGCUUUGCCAAAAAGUGAGAGCGCAGCACCAGCUACAACAGUCAUCUCUACUGCGGUCACUGUGCCCGUGAGCUCAGCCCCUUCCUCGGCACCUGCCACCACCACCAUGUUCAAGCCCAUCUUUGGCAGCGUGACGGCAGCUUCAUCGCCAGCAAAAGUCUCUCCUUUUGCCUUCAAACCAUUGUCACAGCCAGCUCCAGCUGCAGAAGUGCCAGCAGCCUCCACGACCACGCUGGUGGGAUUCACGGCUCUGCCAAACACCAUCUUCACCACCGCAGCUACGACUGCCACCACGCUCAACUCCUCCACGGAUGCCACCAUUAAACCAGUGUUCAGCUUUGGACUCAACUCACCUGCCUCCACCAGCACCAACCUGACAGCGACCGCCACCGCAGCCUCCAGCGCGUCGCAGCCCUUCACGUUUGGUGGCCUGUCCAGCUCUGCCACCAGCACGGCACCCACCUUUGCUGCUCCAGUGUUCCAGUUUGGAAAGCCGGCGCCAGCCACUGUCUCUGCCAGCACCAGUGCCACAGGAGGCCCUGCGUUUGGCCAAGCACCUGCAAAUUCAACCGCACCUACCACCACUGCAGGUUUCAGCAUUUUUGGGAGCGCCACGUUGACGUCUUCUGCCCCGGCCACCGCAGGGCAACCAGCGCUGACGUUUGGCUCCUCCAGUUCAGCCUUUGGCAGUACAUUCAGCACGAGUGUGAAGCCGCUGCCGCCGUACUCAGGGGCAGCGAGCCAGCCCACGUUCAGUGCCGGCAGCGCCGACAGCCAGCUGCCCACUAACAAGCCUGCUGCAGGUCCUGUUGGCUUUGCCCCCCCGUUUAAUUUUGGGGCGCCCACAGCCCAGUCCACCCCUCAGCCUGCGUUUGGCAGCAGCGCUCCGCCGACCUUCGGCACCAGUGGCACCCAGGCGGCGUUUGGGACCACCACGUCCGUGUUCUCCUUUGGGACGGCCACCUCUACCACAGCCAGCUUCGGUGCCAGCACCCAGACCACGAGCAGCGGCACCGGCAGCACCGUCUUCGGCACCGCGCCAUCUCCUUUCACCUUCGUGGCAGCUGCCCAGCCGGGCCCCUCUGCCGGUGCCUUUGGGCUCAGCACACCCGCCCUGAGCGGCGGCUCCCCUGCGGUGCCCUUCAGCUUUGGGGCUGGGCAGAGCGGAGCACCUGCAGCCGCCGCACCGUUUGGUUCUUCCCUGACACAGAGCACGCUGGGAGCACCGAGCCAGAGCACGCCAUUCGCCUUCACUGUGCCCAGCGCGCCCGAUGCCAAGCCUGUGUUUGGAGGAACUCCUGCCCCCACCUUUGGGCAGAGUGCGCCCGUCCCAGGAGCAGUGGGGAGUGGCAGCAGCAGCCUUUCCUUCGGGGCGCCCAGUGCUCCUGCCCCAGCCUUCCCAGGAGUCGGCACAUCCUUUGGUCCAUCAACCCUGGGGUUUUCCAUUGGGGCGGGAUCCAAGACCGGCGCUCGGCAGCGGCUGCAGGCGCGGCGACAGCACACCCGCAAAAAGUAACGUGGGGCUCAGAGCCCCACUGCUGGCUGUGCAGGAGCACGGCACGUCCCCAGGGCUCUGCUCAGAGCGCUCCCCAGCACAGAGCAACGGUGCUGGGUCGUGCCCUCAUGGAUGCCGGCCAGGACAAGACAAACCAAACUCUUCUUACUUGAACAGUUCCACAGCCAAGGCUGGAUGAACCUCUGUACAUAUCUACCACUUUUUCUCCCUCCCUUUGUUUUGCCAUGUUUCAUAACGUGUAAAUUUUCCCUGUUGCUUCUUAGAGAUGUUCUGAGCCCCCAUCACCUCCAGCACGGCACCAGCACGUCCAUGCUCUGAGCCCAAGGCCACUGUGACUGCAUUGUCACAGUUCUCUGCCACGGGAUGUGGUCUUCACCAGGCCUAGAAAUCUUUCCCCGCUGUUGAAUCUCAUGGCCUGGUCAAUGCCAUCUCUGCAGAGCUCAAGUUGGCGCCUGGCCCCAUGAGUGUGGCCGUCCUGGUGUCACAGGGGGUGACACAGCUGUGGAUGGGGGCUGAGCCCGCUGCUAUCACUCAGCAGCUCCUGCCAAGCCUCUGGCUGAGCUGUGAGGUGUGGGGCAGGCAGCUCUGUGCGCUGCCCCCCACCUCUGCUGGGCUCCCCCCACCCGCUCGCUUCAAGCCCUGUCUGUUCCGCUUUGUUUGUGCUCCUGUUUUAAUGCUCUCAUUGAAUCGAGUUUGGAGGAAGAACUGAACUGUGUGCGUGGCGGCAUGUUGGUUAUGCCGGAUUUGCUGUUUGGAGUUAUUUUUUGGGGCGCCCGUCCCUUCAUGGGGCUGUGCCCUGGCUAAUUGGAUGUUGACAGUAGCAUCACUGCGUGGCUGCUCAUGCUGGGUGAAUUCUGUCCCUUUGUUGUGACUGAAAGGCAGCUGGGGUGGGGGCCUGGUCUCCACAGCCUCUUCUCUUCCUGGACCCCUCUCCUGGGCUGGAGCCUUGUUACCAGCUCAGGCUCCUUUGGCACCACCGAAGGAAGGAGCCUAAAAUGGGUGGGUUUGUCCCCUCCCCAGACUGGAAUGGAUUUUCUCUUUGAGCUCAUCCCCAUCCAUUAGAUCCUAUGAGCUCUGAGGAGCUGCGGUGCUGCCCCGUCCCCAUCACCUCUGGUUGCUUAGUGAGGAAGAGGUGCUGGAGCUCCGGUCCCGUGGCUGAGGGUUGUGCCCGAAGCUCCCCUCUGCCUGCAGUAAUGCCUGGCUGCCGGGUUUUUUACUCUCCGAGCCGUGUGAGUGUGUGUGUCUGCUGAAGUCUAAAUUAAAAAGGAAAAAAAAAAAAAAUAUUUAAACAUUUUUUAACGAAAUAAGAAUUUAUUUUUAUAUUUAAGCUAAAUUGCCUUUGAAUUCCUUCAAGCUUGGUUCAGUGAGGUUGCUGACUGCAGCGCUGUUGUAGUUCCCUGUCUUGUCACACCCAGGGCAGUGGCUGCGCUGGGGAAAGGCAGCCACGUCCCAGGGCAGGAGCCGCCCGCUCCUCCCGCCUGUAACAGCGAGUCCUUGUUUCUCAGAUGUGAUGUACGUGGAUGUGAAUAAACUUUUUUUUAAUUCCCCUGAA